UUUACAAGACAAUCCGUUCUGUUGUGGCGCUAUGGUGACCGGCUGAUUAAUUUGUUUGUUCUACCAUCAGAACAAACAAUAUUGCAUCAGCAACGAAUGCGAUUUUCCUGCCCGUGCUAUUUGCCGAUAUUCUCAAAUGCUACAAGAAGUCGCAGAAGAGACCAUUCCGAUGUCUCAGGAGCAAAUGCUGUCUCUCAUAAGCUGUGUAGAGAGAUCAAGAUGCCUGUGGGACCGGAGUGACACCGAUUAUAAAAACGUAAAUAGGCAUCAGGAUGCAUGGGAGGCCAUCGGAGCUGAAAUGGAACUUCCCUACUCCGCGUUGAAGGACAAGUGGAGCUCAUUAAAAGGGUCCUUCAGGCAUUACAAAACACUCUACGACGAAAGUUUAGUGACCGGUUCUGGCACCGCCGAAGUAUAUAGACCGAAAUGGUUUGCUUAUAGAGCUAUGGAGUUUCUAAAUUCUAUCACGGACGGAGGCAUCAGAAUUGACACAAUUUCAAACCAAAUACAAUCACCUACCGCUACAAGCCCCACCAGAAAUACUACGCCGGAACCAGUAUCCAUCGCUGACGGGCCUGAUGAAAGCUUCAACUUGUCUGCUUCUGCACCCGCACGUUGUCCCUCAGCAACCGAUCAAACCAGCCAGCCGAUUUUAACUCAUUCUCAGACCAGAAAUGCGUCCGCGGCCUCUAAGCGUCAUUGGCACGAAGCCAACUUGCGUUACAAUGAGGAAGUAAUGACGGCUCUUGCAAACGUCGCACAGGCUACGCUUGAGUUAAGAUCGGCUGGUAGUGAAAAUCGCUUGGCUCCGUUAUACGCUGGUAUGCGGGAAUGGUCACCGGUACGACAGGAGGCAAUGGCAAUAAAAAUUCAAAGCCUGAUUGCGCAGGAGAAUGUUGCGCGGUUUGUGGAAAGAAAUGGAUACGACCCGCGCAAUUAGGAUUAAGUUAGCUUGUAGUGCAUAGGGUUAAGGGUUUCAUGAAUACAUAAAAUGAAUUUCCAUCAACAAGCUUUUUUAGAUCUUUUUAUUUUAUUUUAUUAUAUUGUUCCGUUGGCGAAUCCAUUAGCCAAAUGUAAUCGGAUUUGCAAUAAUUGAUUUGUUGUGCGUUGCGUAAUUCCGCGCAACUCCGUGAAAUUGCUCUCUCCUUGUUGCGGUUCUCUGUCGUGGGUUCUGGUCGACUCUGCCCGGCGAAUGAAAUUGUGCAAAUAAACGGUGGUCAGAACUAUUUUACUGGCCGUAAGCGGGUUCAAUUCCAUUGGUUUUCUAAGCACGCGAAACCUUGCACUCAAAAUACCAAAUGCCAUUUCAACAGUUCGGCGUGCCUUUGAAUGACGAUCGUUGAACACACGUUCCACCGAUCCACUUGCCGUCGUGCCACCGAAAGGGCGAAUACAAUAGUUUGUAAACGCAAAAGCUUUGUCACCCAGGAACAUAUACGGGAUUCUAAGGGAAGAAGAAUCUCGUAGCACUUCAGCUUCUGGGAUGUUUAAUUCAUUUCUUUCGAGCAAACCGAAAACACGUGCGGUACGUAAAAUCCCACUGUCUGAAAUUCGUCCUUUGCAUCCCACAUCUGCAUACAUAAAAUUGCAGUUUGCAUCUACAAUUGCUAACAGCACGAUACUAAAAAACUGCUUGUAGUUGAAGUAAUCAGAACCAC